AUUGAUGGUUAUUGUUCCCAAGUUUAAAAGCAAUGGUUAGGGUUUGUGGUUAUUUGCUCCAGAGUUUUCGAAAGUUAAAAGGUUAGGGUUAGGGUUUGGAAUGGCUUCUUCACAAAGUGGUUGUUCUUGUUCGAAGACAACGGGCAAAGGAGCUUCGCAUUCAUCACAGGGUGCUGUUUCGAGGGGUGUUGGGAUAACCCCUAUUUGCCACUGUGGUGAUUUUGCUGUACUGAAAGUUGCGAAAACUGCAAAGAAUGCUGGGAGGCAAUUUUGGGCAUGUCGUCAUUAUAAGGGUGCAUUUACAAGUGGGAUGUCAUGUAACUUUUUCAAGUGGUGUGGUGAAGAGAACGCUGAUGAUAGAGAUGGUACAAAUGUGAGGCAAAGCAACAAGAGGACCACUGAUAUCGAAAGUAUUGUGAAAGAGUUGCAGAGAAAGAUGAAGUUCUUAGUUGGAGUUGUGGUUGUUCUUAUUGUGCUUAACAUCAUCAUAUUGGGGCUGUGUUUAGGUUGAUGUUAGGUGACCAAUGUGCAAUGUAUGUUGUGUUCAUGUAUUUUGAGUUGAUGUUGUAAUAUUUUGACUGCCUUUAGGUUGAUGUUAGGUGGGCAAUCUGCAAUCAAUGUUGUGUUUGUGUAUUAUGAGUUGGUGUUGUAAUAUCAGUGAACCAUCUGGGUUAGUACAAUAAAAUUCGUAGUAGUCCUCAGUUUGGUUUAAAAUUGUGUAUUGUGGUCCUCACUUUGGGUUA